AUGAGCGAACAAAACGGCACCGACGGGCAAAGGGCAUACCAAGCCGGAACGAUUGCGAAAUUAACUUGCGACGUUUUGAAUGACACUUUCUAUAAUAUCAUUCAUGACAUUGUUGCGAAAGCCCAUCGUGAAGAAAAGGUUGCCCGGAUGCGCUCUGCGGUAGUUGUUGCAAGGCAGAAAGGCGAAGAAGAAGCAGCUAGACGCCGUGAAGAAGCUGGAACCAAACCUGCUGCCCCAGCGAAACCAGGUGAUCAGGACUCGGAAGAGUUCAAGGACAUUCGCAUUGAGACCGAUGCAGCAGUUUUUGAUGAAGGCAAGGUCUACCUUAAGGGAAACCCACUUCAUACAACGAAAGAGAUUGUUUGUCCUGAUUGUCGAUUACCUCGUCUUUUAUACCCAGUGACUGGCGUUGGAGCCCGACCUCCGCCAGAUCCCUACAGGGAGUAUUGUCAGAAGCAACCGAUGAUUAACAAACCUGGUCAUGACGUCCAUGGAAGCCCAUUUGCGACUGACAAGCUGAAUCCGAAGAAAAAGAAACAGACGAACACGUCAACACCAGCGUCGAGUCCUCCCACAACACCCGAUGGCUCUUUCAAGCAAGCAGCUCCGGAGAAAGUGUCAUUUCCGACAGUCAAAUGCCCAAAUUGCCCGCGCUACUUCGUUGUUACACGAGUUGCACAGCAUUUGGAUAGAUGCCUGGGUCUUUCUGGUAGACAGGUCAACAGGAACAAAACACCACAGGACAAUGGCACUAGCACCCCGGCUUCCGUUUCGACAAAACGGUCCUUGGAUGAUGAUACUCCCACAACGCUGCCAAAGAAGAAGAAGCUGGGUGCGCCGAAGAAGUUAUCUGGGAAGAAGCCACCACCUCCUUCGAAGUUAAAGAACGGUAUCACGCCUGAUAUGGCAUCUUCUGGGGACCGCGAAAUCAAGACUGAAACAAACGGAGAUGCAUAA